ACUAUAGAAAGAACAAAGAACAUAAUACUCCCUCACCUCACCUCACCUCACCUCACCUGUGUAGAGAGAGAGAAACAUACUCCAGUCCAGUAGAUAAGAUUCACAUACAUACUAUACUAUAAUAUACUCUUACAUAUACGCAGGGAGAUAAGAGUACCUAAGCCUGGGGGAGCUAUCGAAAUGCAAGAUCCGUCCAACUCAACCGCCCAAAAUGCUCACAAGCCGCCAGCGACGUCGUUCGGGCCGUCCAGGCCGGCCCACCACCGCCGGGCCCACUCGGAGAUGAACUUCCGGUUGCCGGACGACCUGGAUCUCGUCUCGGACCCCUUCGACGGGCCGCCGGGCAGUAGCUUCGACGAGAUCGGGUCGGAGGACGACCUCUUCUGCACUUACAUGGACAUGGAGAAGCUCGGAUCUAGCUCGGCCGAAGCCGGCGGCGGAGACUUCGGCAAUGCCGCCGGCGGAGCGGCGGCGGAGAGCGGCGGCGAGGGGGAGAAGAACGCGAGGCCGAGGCACCGGCACAGUAAUUCGGUUGACGGUUCGUUUCUGUUUGGCGCCGAGAGUAUCGAGGCCAAGAAGGCGAUGGCUCCGGAUAAGCUUGCGGAGUUGUGGUCGAUCGAUCCGAAGCGAGCCAAGAGAAUUCUGGCAAAUCGGCAGUCUGCUGCACGUUCAAAAGAGAGGAAAGCCCGUUACAUAACGGAACUUGAAAGAAAAGUUCUGACCCUUCAAACAGAAGCAACCACCCUUUCUGCACAACUCACAUUAUUCCAGAGAGAUACAACUGGUUUAAGUAAUGAAAAUACUGAGCUUAAGCUUCGGCUACAAGCUAUGGAACAACAAGCACACUUGCGUGAUGCGCUGAAUGAAGCACUAAAGCAGGAAGUAGAAAGGCUCAAGAUUGCCACCGGGGAAAUGCCAUCUCAAUCAGACGCUUACAAUUUUGGAAUGCAGCAGCAUCUUCCGUAUAAUCAGUCUUCCUUCUAUUCACAGAAGCCACAAGGAGGACCUAGCGACGCCCAGCAGAUGCAAAUGCCGCAGUUCCACUCCCUCCAGUCUAACAUGAUAAACCACCACCACCCUAUGUUCACGGCAUCUCGUUCCCAGUCACAGGCCUUCUCUGAGAUGUUGCAACAUGACUCCCUUGGACGUUUGCGGGGCCUAGACAUCAAUGCUAGAGGCUCUCAUCUCGUGAAGUCUGAAGGUCCUUCUAUUUCUGCCAGUGAAAGCAGCAGUACAUUUUGACCUCACCAUCUGUUAAAUGUCCAUAGGCUAACACCUUCUUUAGCAUCCCAAGGGAAACUUGGUUCAAAUUUGUUUAUUGAUUUAUUGAUUUGAUUCUGGCAUUAAUUAUUUGACUACGAUUCGAUGGGUUUCGUUCCUGAUUUCUGUUUCACAAGACAUCUUCUGUGAUGUGUGUGGAGUAUAGUUGCAUCUAUCAUGCAAUUCAUGUUUCUUUUAGUGUUGUCUAGACCUUACUUCAAGGGGAAGGGGGAGUUCUUCUGUUGAUUAUGUAUUCAGACUCAACUUAUUUUUUGUAUCAUGUCGAUCUAUUUAAUC